CCCACAGCCAUGUCCUGCUACGACCUCUGUCGCCCCUGCAGCGGGGGACCCACCCCGCUGGCUAACAGCUGCAACGAGCCCUGUGUCAGGCAGUGCCAGGACUCCCAAGUCGUCAUCCAGCCCUCCACCGUCGUGGUCACCCUGCCGGGACCCAUCCUCAGCUCCUUCCCCCAGAACACCGCCGUCGGAUCCUCCUCAUCAGCUGCCGUGGGCAGCGCCCUCAGCGCCCAGGGAGUGGCCAUCUCCUCCGGCGGCUUCGGCUUCGGAGGCCUGGGCUGCUACAAUGGCGGGAGAGCCCGCUACCCCUGCUAAGGGCCUGCGCCCACACCCCGACACCAACCACCUGCACCCUGCAAGGAGCCUUGCAUCCCAGUGAUGC